GCGAGAAGAUCCCCGCCGGCCGUGGGCCGGGCCGCCCGGGCCCCCUAGACACUGUAGCAGCUUCGCUGACCCGGCCGCCACCAGGUGGGCUGGGGGCGCCAGCUACGAGUGCGGUGGAGGGGCAUGGACCCGCAGCAAGGGAGAGCGACGGCGCGCGCCCUCACCCUACCUCGAACAAGUCGAAGUCUCCCGAAGGAACCUGAUCGGCGGGGCGGCCGUGGCGCAACAGGACGCUAAAGCCACCCGAGGGGCGUCUCGGCGUCGGCCGGCCGCCGUCGGCCCGCGGGGUUCUGCGCGCCCACAGCGGGAGAAGGCAGCAGCCCGGCCGCCCCGGCGCCCACCGCGGGACACUCCGCGCCUGCGCCCCGCCCCCCCUCCCGCCGGGACUCCGCCCGCGCGUGCGCAGUUCGGGGUUUUUCGCGCCACUGGAGUCUAAGAGGGGCCGGAAGUGCCCCUGGGCGGACGGAGAAAGCUUGUAGAAGCUUAGGGCUCGGCGAUAGCGGGACGCGGGAAGCGGGGCGGGUGAUUUGCCUAAGUGAAAGUGAAGAAAGCUCGGAGCCCCAGGACUACAGUUCCACCCAUGCGUACAGCGACCGGCUGGGAGCCCGAGAAGCCGAGCGUACGGCCGCGGUCGCGGAAAGGGGACAGUCACUUCCCGGAAGAGGCGGGGCCAUGGACGAGAAGGCACCGAAUUCGAAGUGCUCCCCAGGAGCUUUCCGGGGCAGGGUACUAGGCGCCAAACGGUCGACUUUGCUUGGGGAAGGAAAGAGAAAGUCUUUCCUUUUCUUUUUCUUAUUUUUUGAGAAGAGAAAAUUUAGAAACUUGUAGACAGCAGUAGUUAAGAUUCAGGCCAAACUGGUAAAUCACGGAAGGGCGUCUUUCAAAACCAAGGAGGAAGGGUUGUCCCGGGUGCCUCGAAUAACAGCAGAUAAUCACCAGGAUGGGAGUGAAUGACUUGUGGCAGAUUCUGGAGCCUGUUAAACAACACGUCCACUUGCACAGUCUUGGUGGGAAAACCAUUGCGGUUGAUCUGAGUCUCUGGGUAUGUGAAGCACAGACAGUCAAAAAAAUGAUUGGGACGGUCAUGAAGCCCCACCUCAGGAACCUAUUUUUUCGUAUCUCAUAUUUAACGCUAAUGGAUGUAAAACUGGUGUUCGUUAUGGAAGGGGAACCCCCAAAGCUGAAAGCUGAUGUCAUAAGUAAGAGGAAUCAGAUUCGGUAUGGAUCUUCGACAAAAACACGGUCUCAGAAAACAGGGAGAUCACAUUUUAACUCAGUCUUAAAGGAGUGUCUUGACAUGCUGGAAUGCUUAGGAAUUCCCUGGGUCCAGGCUGCUGGAGAAGCUGAAGCCAUGUGUGCUUACCUCAAUGCCAGUGGUUAUGUAGAUGGCUGCCUCACCAACGAUGGCGAUGCUUUCCUUUAUGGGGCCCAAACUGUUUAUAGAAAUUUCACUAUGAAUACCAAGGACCCACAUGUUGACUGUUAUACAAUGUCAUACAUCAAGAGUAAACUAGGUUUGGAUAGAAAUGCUCUGGUUGGGCUAGCAAUACUACUUGGCUGUGAUUAUCUUCCAAAGGGAGUCCCUGGAGUUGGAAAAGAGCAAGCAUUAAAACUUAUAAAGAUUUUGAAAGGACAAAGUUUACUUCAGAGGUUUAAUCAAUGGAAUGAAAAAUUUUGUUACUCUAAUUCACAACCAGCAGUUGUUAGCAAACUGGUUCAUUGCUCUGUAUGUUCCCAUCCAGGUUCACCUAAGGAUCAUGAACGUAAUGGAUGCAAAUUAUGUAAAACUGAUCGAUAUUGCGAGCCACAUGAUUAUGAAUACUGUUGUCCUUGUGAGUGGCACCGAACAGAACAUGAGAGACAACUAAAUGCAGUGGAAAACAGUAUUAAGAAGAAAGCUUGCAGUUGUCAGGGAUUCCCAUUCCAUGAGGUUAUUCAAGAAUUCCUUUUGAACAAGGAUAAAUUGGUGAUGGCAAUCAGGUACCAAAGACCUGAUUUAUUAUUGUUUCAGAGAUUUGCUCUUGAAAAAAUGGAGUGGCCCAAUCACUAUGCAUGUGAGAAAUUGUUGGUACUGUUGACCCACUAUGACAUGAUAGAAAGAAAGCUCGGUACAAGGAACUCUAAUCAACUACAGCCACUUCGAAUUGUUAAAAACCGAAUCAGAAAUGGAGUUCAUUGCUUUGAAGUAGAAUGGGAAAAGCCUGAACAUUACUCUAUAGAAGAUAAACCUGGAGAAUUGGUUUUACAAACAAUAGAAGAAGAAUCAUUGUUUGAAGCAGCUUAUCCUGAGAUUGUUGCUGUUUAUCAAAAACAAAAGUCAGAAAUUAAAGGCAAGAAACAAAAAAGCAUGAAAACUAAGUCUAAAGGAAACAGUUUGCCAGAAUCUGAUGAUAUGAUGACUUUGCAAUCACACAUGACUUUAAAACCCACAUGUGAAAUCUUUUCUAAGCAGAAUUCCAAGUUAAAUUUGGAAAUUUCCCCUGAUUCUACAUUACCGCAGGAAUCUACUGUGCCAUUGAAUACCUUGCUUUUACCUGAAGAUGCUCCCUGUUUGAAUACACAAGAACAGUUAAUAUCUUCUCCAAGACCUUUGGCUGUGCAACAAAUUAAAGCUGUCAGUAAGUCUCUGAUUGCAGAAUCUAGUCAACCCAGUACCUCAUCCCUUAAUAUAUCUGCAAUUGCUGAUCUGCACUUGAGCACCAUUGACUGGGAAGGUACUUCUUUUAGUAAUUCUUCAGCUAUCCCAGGGAACACUUUUGCUCAUGGUGUAAAAUCGGAACUUGAAACAGCUAUCCUUGAUAGCUUUAAAAAUAUUACAGAACAAUUGUCAUGUGAAUCAGAAUGGUGCACUACAAACAUUAAUAAACAGUUCGAUUGGGAUCUUCAAAAGACUGAUCCUGAAGAGCACCUACUUUCUGGCAUUACUGAUUUACAUCUUCAGGAUUUACCUUUAAAGGAACGAAUACAUAUAAAAUCAUCAUAUCCUCAGAAUAAUGUACAACCAGAUGAUGAUCUGAAAACAUUGUCCCUACUUACUGUACAAGAACACAGUAUUGCUAAUAGUAGUUCUGAGUGUCUAUCACAUCUUUCCAAAGAUUUUCUAGGAAUUCAUUUGCAAAAUGAAUCUAGAAACUGUAAAGUCCUAAAAGGAAACCAGCUGUUUCCAGAAAACUAUAAAGCAAAUACUUCUAUACCUUAUUCUGUCAAUAACCCAAUAGUAAAGACCUCCAAUGUUAGAAUUGGACCACCAAAUACUGCUUUAGAUUAUAGUAGAAAAGUUGAUGGGCAAACCACUCGGAAAACUGUAAUGAAGAAGAGUGUUUGCCUUGACAAACAUUCCUCUGGUGAAGAAAUUAUCCCAGAGUCUGGGAAAGCUAAGUCCACAACUCAAAAAAUGAAGCAGAGUUCUCAGAAACAUAGCCCAGCCCAGUUCAAAAAAAAUGAUGCCAACAAACUGAGUAACCCUAAAGCACAUAUUAAAGAAACUGAACAGUGUGUCCCGCCUUAUAAAACAGCUGGAAAUGAAGAAACCCAUUUCCAAGAUGCAGCAAAAUGGUCUCUGAGUUUUCUACAGUGUCAUAAGGAAAAAGACGUCUCUGGUACCUGUUUGGAUAGUCCUCUUCCUUUAAGUCAGAGAUUAAAACUAAGGUUCCAAAACACCUGAAAUUAAAUUUAAAAUAUUCAAGUAUAACUUAGUAUUCUAGUACUGUUGGCAUUAGCAGAAGCAGAAGGAAGGUAUCUAGUUAAUGUAUAGUAGAAAAAUUUAAUGUGAUUCUAUACGUUGUGAGACACUUGACAUUUUAAU